GGCAAUGGAGCAGGGAUGCGGUGACGUCACGAGGUCCCAGCUCUGGGAAGGGAAGAGACUCGGCUAGUGACUCACCUCACUGUUGCUGCUGCUGCUGCUCCUCAGGCUGCGGACGGAGAAGCAAAGUUACGCGGGCAAGGUGGGAGAUGAGGCCGACUUUCUGGCUGACAUAAGCUCUGGCAGCUGCAGGGAGACAGACUUGAUAGGAGAAUGAAGAACAAGCUGCAUUGCUGCCUUCUUCUUGCAGUGGUUUUCUGCUGGGUGUCCAGUCUCGCCAAGAGUCAGGAACAAGAUUCAUCAGGAUUUUUUCAGAACCUACAAUGCUUCACCCACAAUCUAGAGACUGCCGUCUGCUCCUGGGUUGCACCAAACACUACAAAGUCGGACAUUCUAUAUCAGAUUUGCUAUAGCACUUCUGGUUCUUCAGUAUGUUUCAGUUCCAACAAAAGUUCUCUGGAAGUUGAGUUUGAAACGACUGCACCGUUGAGCAUAAGUAUAAAAGCUAGCAAUGCCCAGGGCAGUCCUGAAAUCAGAUUUCAGAAAACUAUGAGCGAUAUUCCCUUUAUUCCCCAUGCCCCGGAGAUUCUCUCAUUCGUGCCUGAUAACGAGACUGAUAAACUACACGUACAAUGGAGUGUGGACAAUUCCACCUUACUGAGCGAAGUUGAAGUCCGGUGUCAGAUCCAAAUUCUACGCAGCGAGAACAUGGAUAUUGUCGAAAAAGCUUUAUGGAAGAAACAUUGGACUCCAAAUGACACUGUAUUCUACUGGAAUUGGACGUCUGACUUCCCCUUGCUUUGUACAUCAUAUUCUGUCAAAAUUAGAUGCCUCAUCGAUGAUCCCUAUUAUUAUGGCCAGAAAGACUGGAGCAACUGGAGUCGGCUUCAUACUGUAUAUGGCAGCAGCGAACACCAGAUGUAUCCCAUUGAUAAAGUGGUCCCUGUUGGCACAAACAUGACAUUUUGCUGCACAGUGGAGAGCGGGACUAAGAUAUUGUCUGCAGAAUUGGGGAAUGACCAAUAUCCAUUAAUCCCACUGAGCAGCAACAGCAGUGGCAUUCGAGUCCAGAACUUGGCAAUGUCAGAGGAGAGUGGUGCAAACUUGAUCUUCUUUACAGAUCAACAGAUUUGUGGAACUGUGGUCUUUGUAGGAUACCCUCCUGAUAUACCCCAGAACUUCACUUGUGAAACAAAUAAUCUGCGGCAAAUCAAGUGUUGGUGGAACCCUGGAAGGUUAACAGGAUUGUAUAGUGAUCGAGAAACAAAAUAUACACUCCGUGAAAGCUUCUCGGGGAUGACAUGUGUCACGUGUCACAAUACAGAGGAAGAGUACAGCUGUAUGUGUGAAGUCUUCAAAGACCAGAGCUUUUAUGCGUAUUCUCUAGAAGCUGAGAAUCCUUUGGGAAAGUCUCAAGCGUCUCUUUCCUUCAAUGUCACACAUCGAGUUCAUCCCAAGGCCCCAGAGAAGGUCAGAUUAGAAGAUAUCAGCCAUAAAGUAAUUUCUCUCGCUUGGCAUUUGGAUGGAAAAUUUGUCUCUCUACAACUCACAUGUGAAAUUGAAGUAAAAAGCAACAAGCGGGUGAAAAUGCACAAUACUACAGUUAUUGGCUCAGAAGAUGGAAAUUACAGCUACAUUAUAGACAAUCUGCAGCCUUUCCAUAAGUACGAUAUUCGCAUUCGCUGUGCUGCGUUGGAUCCGUUCUGGAAGUGGAGCGACUGGACAGCUGUGAAGGGACACACCACUCUUGAAGCAGCCCCAGCAAAACAUCUGGAUAUCUGGUUAGUGAAUGCAAGGCACCCUGAAGGUAGAACUAUAACAGUUUACUGGAAGCCUUUACCAAUCACUGAGGCCAACGGAAAGAUAUAUUCCUAUAACGUGUCUUGGAGUCCACUCGGCAGCCGCAUGGAACCUCAAAAUAUUGUAUUGCCAGCGCCUCUCAACAGGACACAGAUCAAUCUUAACAGCAGCGAUAACGGGGAUUAUGAAAUUACCGUAGUGGCCAUCAACUCUGCAGGAUUAUCUCCACCUUCAAGGAUAACAACCGUGCAACUGACAAAUGAUGUCGUUACUGAACUCGGUGUUGGAAACGCAGAAGGAAUUAACAUCACCUGGCAGCUUGAUGCGAAUGCCUCUUGCGGUUAUGUGGUGCAGUGGAAGCCAUCGUCUCCUUCUAACAUCUCUGCGCUGAGGUGGAAACGCUUAAAUGCCAAUGGCUGUUUCAUUAGAUCAGAUCAGUUCCCUGUUGGCGUGAGGCAUGACAUAACCGUAUUUGCCUGCAAUGACCAUCAGCACCGACUAAUAAAAAGAGUCACUGGCUACACAGAAGAGCUAACACCAAGAGUAGCGCCGAAUUAUACUGUAGUGGAGACCACUUCAGACUCUGUCUAUGUGAAAUGGGAGGGGAUCCCAGAGGAGGAUCUGCGAGGGUUUCUGCACGGCUACGUUGUGUAUAUUGUGAAGCAGGAAAAUGCCACAUCUGAUUCCAGCUUCAUGGAUUUUGCUGAUCACACAGAUACAAAAAAUAAAAAGUUUAACAUCACUAACCCAGCAGUGGGCAUGCUGAAGAUUAAAGACCUACAAAGUGGGACAAGUUAUCGAUUGGGGCUGCUGGCUUACACCGGAGGUGGAAAUGGACCCAUUAAAUCUUCCAAUGUAGUUACCAAUGACAAUGCUCUUGGUCUCAUACUUGCCAUCCUCAUCCCCAUUGUGGUGGCCGUUGUUCUUGGGAUCGUGGCAAGCACUAUAUGUUACAAGAAGAGGGAAUGGAUCAAGGAAACGUUUUAUCCAGAUAUUCCCAAUCCAGAGAACAGCAAGGCAUUGCAGUUCCAGAAGAAUGUCAACGAGGCCAACAAAGGUAUCAAAACAUUGGAGAUGAACCCCUGCACCCCCAAUAACGUGGAAGUGGUGGAGACCUUUUCGACAGUCCCAAAGAUUCUGGAUACAGAACUGCACUCUCCAGUGACUGAGGAUCCAAAUGGUCAGACUCCAGAGGAGGACUUUGACACAGAAGAUGAAAAUCAUGUUGUCGUGUCUUAUUGCCCACCCUCUUCCAAUGAGGAGACGGGGAACCCAGCUUUAGAUGAGUCUGCAGCCUCCUCCCAAGUUGUGUACAUCGAUAUCCAAUCUAUGUACCAGCCACAGGCGAAUUCCGAAGAAGAACCCGACGGGAACUUUAUGGAUAGUGCAGGUUACAAGCCACAGAUGCAGCUAGCGAUUAACACUGUGAAUAUGGAGCAGCAGCCUCAUGUAGAAGAGGCUUUUGCUGCAGGUUAUAGGCCUCAGGAAAACCCAAGCACUUGGGCUGUUGCUUCAGCAGACUCCCCAACAUCUUUGGGUAGUAAUAGUGAAAAUGCUUCCUUUGGAAGCCCUUGUUCCAUUACCUCCAGACAUUUCCUGAUUCCUCCUGUAGAUGAUAAAGACAACCUAAAACCCACCCAUGUCGGAUGGUCCUUAUCAUCGCUCUUUCAGAACAAGCAAGAAGACUGAAUGUGGAAUCGAAUGACUUUAUUGUCUGUCAGGUCAGUAUUGAAGGACGUGGCUCUUCUAAUGAUUAUCAAGGAGCGAUGGUCUUCUUCUAGCCUUCUGCACGGAAACGGGUUAGCUCACAAAUCCGUCCCUAAAGGGCAUCUGUGAAUGUUAAAGGAGCGGAAUGUAUUUUCUCCUGUAUCCUUUCCAUACAGGAAACCUGUUCUUGAUCUUACACUUGCCAGUAGCAAUUGCAGAUAUGUGGAGGGGUCCUUAAAUGGGUUUAAACACCAUCCACGCUCAGUAUCAGUCCAUCAACGAGACAUUAGCCCUCGUGGCUUUCUAUUUUACGUUGGACAUGUCUGUAUUUCCUUAUUUUGGAUAGUCGCUUUUUUUUUUUCUGUGAAAAUGUAAUGGGUCUUCCUGGUUUGUGACCAGGGCAUUCAUGAAUGUAUUUGGUUCUGUUUUCUUUGUAAGAAACACUACUUUGGUUUUAUUGAGCGGUUAUGGCAAAUGUUUGAGUGAGCCAAUUCAAUGGAAAAUAUCACCAAAUAGAACAGGAGAGGGUGACUGGUGCAACUAGAGAUCACAGCCUCCAAGUCAAGGUGGCUGAGAGUCAAACAACAGGAAUACAAGAGGUGACCAGCGCCUCAAAUGUUCUCUCGAUGAACUUUUUUUAAAAAAGGUUUUAGUCUUUUUACAUUUUUUUUUUUUUUGUGUGUCGCAUCUGUAGACACCUUAAUAAGUAAAGCCACAUAAGGCCAUAGAAUAUGUAGCAUUAACAUUGAAUUAUCAUUUGAUUCCUCGUACACUGGACAACCGAAAUCGCUUUCCGAACCAAUAAAAAAAAAAUCAACUAUUAAAGAAAAUUUAAAAAAAAAACUAGCAAUGAAAAUGUAAAGCAUUAGUUAAAUACCCUCUUAUUCUGGACUAUAAUUUUGAGCAACUACAUGGGUCCAGUUGUUAAACUACUAAUCCCAGCUUCUGGCUGAUGAGAAUUGUAGUGGAAAGGAGAAGGAAAAGUAGAAUUUCCAGGGGUGCCAAGUUGUUGGGCACCCACAGUAAAUCUAGUCUCUUGGCUCCUACCCCACGCUGAGUCUCCUCUUAGAACAGUAGACGGAACACAUCUACAUUGAUCGUAGUGUAGUGUGUUGCCUCUUUACGUUUCUCUUCUCCUUUGAAUGGAAUUAUCUGUCCAGGGCAGAUAUUUAGGGGCAGAUUUAUCAAGGGUCAAAUUGAAAAUUCGAAUUAUUGUGUA